AUGCGCGUGUUUUAUUUAUGCGCAGAUGGAUCAGUUCACCUUUCCGGUGAAGAUCUGGAGGCGCUGAAGUCUCUGCAGAGUCAUUUCCAGAAGUGCGUGAGUGUGAAUGGAUUAGGAUUACAGGCUGUGCGUGGUAGGGAUGACUGUGAGGUUUCUCUUGGGUUUCCGAAGGACACGAUUCCAAAAUGGAAGGAUCCCAAAACCGGUGAACUCGAAGGCUUGACUUUUGACUUCAACUUAUGUGAAGCAAUAGCUACAUGGGAGCAGGUGCGAAAUAGUACCACAAUACUGACUCGAGAAUAUAUUGAUGCUUUACCAAAUGGAUGGGAAGAAUAUGCUUGGCGGAGGAUCAAUAAGGGAGUGCUUCUGAAUAAAUGUGAAAAUCGAACAUUGUGUAUGGAGAAACUAUCUCUUGUUCUUCCCGACAGACCACCUUACACGCCAAGACAGUUUGGUCGAUGUGCUGUUAUUGGUAACUCAGGAGACCUCCUGAAAACCAAAUUUGGCAAGGAAAUAGAUAGUUAUGAUGUAGUUGUAAGGGAGAAUGGAGCACCUAUACAGAACUUCACAGAACAUGUAGGUACCAAAAGUACAUUCCGCCUACUCAACAGAGGAUCUGCUAAAGCCCUUGAUAAAGUGGCUGAGUUGUAUGAUAAGGGGAAGGAGGUAUUGAUAGUCAAAACAACUAUACAUGAUAUCAUGAACAAGAUGAUCCGGGAAAUUCCAAUUCUCAAUCCUGUGUAUCUCAUGCUUGGUGCAUCCUUUGGGUCAGCUGCAAAAGGAACAGGGCUGAAGGCUCUUGAAUUCGCGCUCUCGAUGUGUGAUACUGUAGACAUGUAUGGAUUUACUGUGGAUCCUGGUUAUAAAGAAUGGACCAGAUAUUUUUCAGAGUCCCGGCAAGGUCACACCCCUCUGCAGGGUAGGGCGUACUAUCAAAUGAUGGAAUGUCUCGGACUUAUCAAGAUUCAUUCUCCAAUGCGGGCGGAUCCAAACCGGGUGGUCAAGUGGGUACCUAGCCACAGCUUGAUUACUGCUGCCCGAGUUGCAUCAGAGAAAUUGUUGAGGAGAGUGGGAGCUGGAUCUACCGACCUGUUAGCUUCUUGUUCUAUUGUUGCAAAACAAAUGAAGGGGAAAUCUGGACUUUCAUUGGGCACAAGGAAAGCUGCCACAGAGCAUCACAAAUAUGUUAAAGGUACAACUAUGUAUCCACUGGAACACAGCCCGGGGCAUGGUCUGCUAUGUACAGUGCCAUAA